AAUCUGGCCAACCUAAUGCUGCGCCCUCCAGUAAAAAACUUCAUUUCCCAUAAACCUGUACGCGUCGCAAAUUGUCAAGCCUGCUUUGCGGUAGCUGAUAGGCCAGCUAGUGUGGAGUGACUUAAGUAAUGGCUAGAGGGGAUACAAGAUAGCAAGCGAACACACACUUAUUAGCUUGUUUUUAUUAUUUUUAUAGGUAGAAGAAGUUAAGCGGGGGUUAUCUGACACGGUGUUAAGCUCAGGGGCUCGGUCUGGGCUCGCUUCUUUUGUUUACACCGCUCCUGCAUGCAGUGGAAUGGCUGAAGUGCCGCCUGGGCCUAACGCACUAGCUGCAUCCCCGACUGAAAUUAGAGCGCUGCCUGUGGAUGGCUGCUGCCUACUGGGGAACAAUGAGAAACUGGACUGCGGCCGGGGAGACAUUAUAAUUCACAAGACGGAGCAGCAAGAAGUGCCCGAGCGUAAAGGGAUAGUUAAACCGAGUCAGAACAACGUGCACCAUCCGAACGCCUCUGAUCAACUCCAUUCUUCAGCGGCACAGGUUAACGGCAUCGGCACCCACCCGGAGGGGCAAUGUGGCCACAUUCUCCCUCACAAUCACCGGCACCCGCCUUACAGAGCCACCGAUCAUCAAACAUCUGCCUUUGAACGAUCAGACAGCGAACGAUCGGACAGGAAUUCAUCCAGUAAUACAAAUGUCAGCUUGAUACCGAGCAACGGAAUCGAUUCAUCCGAUCCCGCGGCCAUAACGGAGCCAGAGAGCGCUAUUCGGUGUGUGAAAGCCGAGCUCGACAGGACUGUCUCUAACGAUCAUGUACAACAGUCACCGGGUGUAGCACUAGCAGAUCAGGCAGCACUAGUGGAUCAGAUAGCAAACCUGUCACUGCCUGCAGAGGAAUCGGAUCACUGUCCGAUAACAUACGUGAGAUAUGAGUCCGAGCUUCAGAUGCCAGAUAUAAUCAGGCUCAUAACUAAAGACUUAUCUGAGCCUUAUUCAAUAUACACCUAUAGGUACUUCAUUCACAACUGGCCACAGCUCUGCUUUCUGGCCAUGGUGGAGAAAAACUGUGUCGGUGCCAUUGUGUGUAAGCUGGACAUGCACAAGAAGAUGUUCAGGCGAGGAUACAUCGCCAUGCUUGCUGUGGACUCCAAAUUUCGCAGGAAAGGCAUUGGAACCAACCUUGUUAAAAAGGCCAUUUAUGCCAUGGUGGAGGGAGACUGUGAUGAGGUGGUGCUGGAGACUGAAAUAACCAACAAAUCAGCGCUGAAACUUUACGAGAACCUGGGCUUUGUUAGGGACAAGCGGCUCUUCAGAUACUAUUUAAAUGGAGUGGACGCUCUCCGGCUAAAACUCUGGCUGCGCUGAGUCCACCUGUGACCACCUCAACUGUCCAUCCGGUCCUCUGUCCUCCUGUCCCUGUGUCCCAGUGAGUACAGAGAGUCGGCCUCCGGCGAGCCACAGCGGGGAUGCAGCCCGCAUGAAAAACGAGCAAAAUGUAAUAAAGAGUUUUACGUACCUUUCAGAGAACGAGAGAAGAUAUUGCAAAAAAAGGGGAUGCUAAUAUUCGACAGUUUAUUUAACAGUUGCAGACUCCAUAGAGGAAAAGCUGGUGAAUUUGUGGUGUGGUGAGAAAAUGCUUGAUUGCAGGCCGCUGUGAGAUUGUAUCAGCUAAUGAGGAAUGAAUAGGACAUUAGCAUUACCUCUAGGAGUCGUGCUGAUAGAUAACAAACAAGGCACCCCCCUGUUUCUUUUAUUUUUAUGAAUAAUUGUAACUGAGGGAUGGACAAUAAACUUCUAUUGUCAAAACUAAUUAAACACAAACAGAACCUACA